GGAAAACCCUACGCCCCACUCCAAUUUCACGCUUUAAACUCAACGCUCUUAGCUCUCUUGCAAAUUUUCUCUCCUUUUCUAAAAAUUUCUCGAUCUCGUCUCGCUGAUCUCUCAAUUUCUCUUACGAGAUCGUAAAUCUUGCUUAUUGAUUUUUCUCCGGUGAUAAUCGAGUUCUUGUUUUCGUUUGAAUUUGUGGAAAAUCUGUCAAAAAACGGUGGAAAUGUGCUCGGAGAGUUGCGAUCGGAGCCUUCUUGAUGAAGUAGAAGAGAAUACCAAUUCUAUGGAUGAGGACACUAUAUCCAACACGAACCAAGAAAUUUCUCCGGCUCAGGGGCCAACUCUUCCGAUAUUACAGAAAGUUAUUAAUUUGAGUAACAGUAUUCAGAAUUUGAAGAUGGAGCACGAAAUUCUGUCUAAUCAAGUGAAGGGCAUCACUACAGAUUCGUUUCCUGGCCAUGAUGUUGUAGGAACUAUUCAGCUUCUCAAUAAUGAAUAUGAACUUCUGAAGAAGAAGUAUCUAGAUGAGUCAUCAGAGAGGAAGCGCCUUUACAAUGAAGUGAUUGAACUUAAAGGAAACAUCAGGGUCUUCUGCAGAUGUAGACCACUAAACCAAUGUGAAGUUGUGAAUGGGUCCUCUUCUGUAGUUGAAUUUGACUCGUCCCAAGAUACUGAGCUACAGAUAAUUUCUUCUGAUUCUUCCAAGAAGCAAUUCAAGUUUGACCAUGUAUUUAGGCCUGAGGAUGGCCAAGAGGUUGUUUUUGCACAAACUAAACCAAUUGUCACUUCUGUAUUGGAUGGCUAUAAUGUCUGCAUAUUUGCUUAUGGGCAAACUGGAACUGGGAAGACAUUUACAAUGGAGGGAACACCAGAAAAUAGGGGAGUUAACUACAGGACAUUGGAGGAGUUGUUUCGAGUUUCUGGACAGAGAGGUGGUGUAAUGAGAUACGAGCUAUUUGUCAGCAUGAUGGAGGUCUACAAUGAAAAGAUAAGGGACCUUCUAGGAGAAAACUCCAACCGGCCUACUAAAAAGUUGGAGAUCAAGCAAGCAGCAGAAGGGACACAAGAAGUUCCAGGACUUGUUGAGGCUCCUGUUUACAGCACAGAGGAAGUGUGGGAGCUGCUAAAGUCCGGAAGUCGGGUCAGAUCUGUGGGAGCCACCAACGCCAAUGAAUUGAGCAGCCGUUCUCACUGCUUGCUGCGUGUAACUGUAAGGGGAACAAAUUUGGUAAAUGGCCAAAAGACCAGGAGUCACCUGUGGCUGGUAGAUUUGGCUGGAAGUGAGCGUGUGGGAAAGAUUGAAGUUGAAGGUGAAAGGUUGAAGGAAUCCCAGUUUAUUAAUAAAUCUCUCUCAGCGCUAGGUGAUGUGAUUUCUGCCCUUGCAUCCAAAACAGGCCACGUUCCUUAUAGGAACUCAAAGCUCACACAUAUGCUACAGAGCUCUCUGGGAGGAGAUUGCAAGACCCUGAUGUUUGUACAGAUCAGCCCAAGUGAUGCAGACCUUGGGGAGACCAUCUGUUCACUGAAUUUUGCGAGCCGAGUCAGGGGGAUUGAAGGUGGUCCUGCCCGCAAACAGGUGGAUCUCUCCGAGCUUUACAAGUAUAAGCAAAUGGCAGAAAAGUUAAAACAUGAUGAGAAGGAAACAAAGAAGCUGCAGGAUAAUGUACAGUCAUUGCAGUUGAGACUGGCUGCUAGAGAACAUAUAUGCAAAAGUCUCCAAGAAAAGGUUCGUGACCUAGAAAAUCAAUUAGCAGAGGAACGGAAAACCAGAUUAAAGCAGGAAACCAGAGCUUUUGCUGCUCCUGCUUCUAGUAGACCAUCUCUUACACAAGCAGCAGAGAAGACCAAAAUGGAGAAAAAACCACCAUUGGGUCCAUCAAAACUGAGGCUACCAUUGCGAAGGCUCACCAAUUUCAUGCCUCCAGCAUCACCUAUGCCAACUAACAGAAAGACAGCUAGAAUUGCCAUGGCAGCAUCAGAUGACAAAGAAAACUACCCCAAAACUGUGAUGGCACCACCAACAAACACAAAAGCCCUGUUGAAACCAAGACGGGUUUCCAUUGCUGUCAGACCUUCAACCACGACGACACAAGUUAUUCAGCCUAAAAGGCGAGUAUCCAUCGCCACCCUGCAGCCACAUUCAUACAUGACCACACCACUCCGCAGCUCUGCUUCUGGUUUCAACAAUGGUGGCACAAUGGACAGACCAUCAUUAGUGCGGGAUCCGAGGAAAGCAAGAUACUCAAGAUUGUUUUCUCCAUUGCCAGAGUUCAGGAACCCAUCAGAGACAACACCUGCAGCCACGAGAAGCAGCAGCAAGUUCAUGGGGAGUCCUCCUCCUCCUGCACAGGCAGGUUCAUGGAAGCCAAGGCAUCCAACCGUUGUUGCUUUGCAGCGGAAAUCAGUGGUGUGGAGUCCGCUCAAGUUAAGAGGCAUGCAAAGUCACAGAAAGUCAUCACUGUUGCCUUUACGACCUUCAGCUCUGAGGGAAUGAAUGAAUCUUGCUUUCAGAUUCUUUGUGUUCAAUACCUAAAUAACAGCUAAAAUUUUCUUCUCCUCUGCUGCACAUACAUUCCUUCUUUUAUGAUAAUAUGAUGGUCCAUUAAUUGUGUACCAUUUUGGC